UCUCCACUCUCCACUCUCCACUCCACUAAUCUCAUCCUUCAUUUCAUUAAUCAAUUUACUUGCUAAAUACAGUUUACUCAGGAAGUUAUGGCCAAUGACAAGGGAACACAAGCAUCAGAUUCUACUAACGGAAAAGGUCUACGUGGGAAGUUAAACAAAGUUGUUUUAGCUUAUAGUGGUGGCUUAGAUACCUCAGUCAUUGUUCCUUGGCUAAGGGAGAAUUAUGGUUGUGAAGUUGUCUGCUUUACUGCUAACGUUGGUCAAGGGUCAUCAGAACUGGAAGGUCUUGAAGCAAAGGCCAAGGCGAGUGGAGCCUGUCAGUUAGUGGUUAAAGAUUUGACGGAGGAAUUUGUGAAAGACUAUGUAUACCCUUGUUUGCGAGCCGGUGCAGUCUAUGAGAGAAAGUACUUGUUAGGAACCUCUAUGGCCCGACCUGUAAUUGCAAAGGCCAUGGUGGAUGUGGCUAGAGAAGUUGGAGCAGAUGCUGUUGCCCAUGGAUGCACAGGAAAGGGAAAUGAUCAGGUGCGUUUUGAGCUCACAUUCUUUGCUCUUAAUCCUGAUCUCCAAGUUGUGGUUCCUUGGAGAGAAUGGGAUAUAACUGGAAGAGAAGAUGCAAUUGAAUAUGCCAAGAAACACAAUGUGCCUGUUCCAGUCACAAAGAAAUCGAUAUAUAGCAGAGACCGGAACCUAUGGCACCUCAGUCACGAGGGAGACAUCUUGGAAGAUCCGGCAAAUGAAGCCAAGAAAGACAUGUACAUGAUGUCUGUUGACCCAGAGGAUGCACCUGAUAAACCCGAGUACCUUGAAAUAGGUAUAUCUUCUGGGAUUCCCGUAUCAAUUGAUGGUGUGGAACUCUCCCCUGCAUCUCUUCUCUCCAAGCUCAACGACAUCGGAGGCCGACAUGGUAUUGGUCGAAUUGAUAUGGUGGAAAACCGGCUAGUUGGUAUGAAAAGCCGUGGGGUCUAUGAGACUCCUGGUGGAACUAUUCUAGCCGUCGCGUGCCGUGAACUUGAGUCACUUACUCUUGACCGAGAAGCGAUUCAGUUUAAAGACACCAUGGCCCUUAAAUACGCUGAGUUAGUCUAUGCAGGAAGGUGGUUUGACCCGCUCCGGGAAUCAAUGGAUGCAUUCAUGGAGAAUAUCACCAAAACGACCACCGGUUCAGUGAGGCUCAAACUGUACAAGGGGUCGGUCAUAGUUGCGAGCCGGAAGAGCCCAAAUAGUCUAUACAGGGAGGACAUUUCUUCUUUUGAAAGUGGACAGAUAUACAAUCAGGCGGAUGCUGCUGGAUUUAUAAGGUUGUAUGGGCUACCUAUGAGGGUCAGAGCGAUGCUUGAAAAAGAGCAGGCUAAAAAGUAAUUUGAAUAGCGAGUAGACCGUCCUAGUUACUGUUUGGCAUUUGGUCUUUUGCUGAAACUUUCAAGGGGUUAUGACCUGAUGUUUGCCUUGCAUAAAGUAAUAAAGCAUAGAACUUUAGGUCCAUCGAGAAGUUUAGAUGCAUUAUGUUAACCCUCUUGACUAAUCGCUUAUUAUGAACAUUUAAAGUAUUGUUCAUUCAGUGCUACGUUUAAGUGAUUUCUGAAA